AGAAGUCGCCCGAGAGCAGUUGCAUGCGCUUUCUUCCUCUUUCCAUUCAUUUAUUUCCAUUCAGAGGUGCGGAGGAAGAGUCGGCAGUUAAACUUUGUUUCCGCAGCAUUCUUUGACUUCAAGUAAAGUGUCUCUCAGGGACUCUCAGCCUGCUCUCCCUCUGCGGCCUCCUACUUUGUGCAGACCAACUUUUGCACUCACAACAACCAAGAACCAUGGCCCAGCAACAACAGAUUAGCCUGCCGGCCAAACUGAUCAAUGGAGGGAUUGCAGGUAUGGUAGGAGUCACCUGUGUGUUCCCAAUCGACCUCGCCAAGACCCGCCUGCAGAACCAACGCAGCGGGCAGCAACUUUACAAGAACAUGAUGGAUUGCCUAAUAAAAACAGUUAAAUCUGAAGGCUACUUUGGCAUGUAUAGAGGUGCUGCAGUAAAUCUCACCCUGGUAACCCCUGAGAAGGCCAUAAAACUAGCGGCUAAUGACUUCUUCCGCCACCAGUUGAGCAAAGAUGGCAGGUUGACAGUGUUCAAGGAGAUGUUGGCAGGAUGCUGUGCAGGAAUGUGCCAGGUCAUUGUCACCACACCCAUGGAAAUGCUUAAGAUCCAGCUGCAGGAUGCUGGCAGGCUAGCGGCCCAGCAGAGGGUGAUGCCUAGUGUAGUAACGACUCUGAAGAUGGGAGGGACCAGUGCUGUCCUUAGCCGUUCCUACAACACCAGCCCAGCACCUCAAGUCAUGCGAGUGUCCGCCACACAGAUCACCAGAGAGCUGCUGAGGACAAAAGGAGUCACAGGACUGUACAGGGGACUCGGAGCCACGUUGAUGAGGGACAUCCCGUUCUCCGUUGUGUACUUCCCUCUUUUUGCGCAUCUGCACCAGCUCGGCCAGCGUUCUCCUGAAGACCCAUCUGUACCCUUCUAUUGGUCCUUCAUGUCUGGCUGCUUGGCUGGAUGCAUUGCUGCUGUGACUGUCAGCCCUUGUGACGUGGUUAAGACAAGGCUACAAUCACUCAAAAAAGGAGCUAACGAGGAGACCUACAACGGAGUGGUGGACUGUGUCAGAAAGAUCAUGAGAAAGGAGGGCCCCGGAGCGUUCCUCAAGGGGGCCAGUUGCCGGGCCUUGGUUAUUGCCCCACUCUUUGGCAUUGCCCAGGUUGUGUACUUUGUAGGAGUUGGAGAGUUCCUGCUGGGGUACACCCCCUACAACAUCUACUCUGCAUAAACAAGCUGUUUACUAGUCUUUCUGCCGCCUCAUUAAAUUACAGGCAGCUAUGCCCUGGGCAUAGCCAUGGACCCAGAUCUCUAUUACUGUGUAUCUUCUUUGUUGUUGGAGGGUUUUAGAGUAAAAAGCUAAAGGGACCAGAGAGAUGCCAUUUCAUUUCAAAGUGGUUUCAAAUUAUGCCUUUAGCAUGUCUUAUUCAAGAGACUGAGACUGAAACUUGCCUGUCUAUAUGGGCUUCAGUUGAGCUUCUUAUAAGAAAGGAAUUGCUUCCCUCACUGAGGGACUUCAUAGUCCAACAUAUAUCAGCAUUUCACCCAGAUCAGACUUGACUCUACUCCUGUGGCACCAAACAUUUUAUCUGUUUCCUUAGAUUUAGCCCCUAUCCCUAAAUGUGCCCCAUAUCAACUACCUUUCACUGUAACCCUAACCUAUAUGUCCCUUCUUGGUAAUCUCCACAUGAUUACAGUCCCAUGGUGUUGCACAAGAUACCUUACUGUGCCAGGGAGUUUCUACUAAGUAAUAACAAAGGAAGAACACUGAAACUUGAAUAACUUCAAUCCUGUUUUAAAGGGUUACAUGUGAAAGAGGAUUUUGGAUGAUGAUUUCUGUCUAUGUAUAUAGUGAAUUUGUUUUUAAAGCAGAAUUUGGUAAAUUACUUCUCUUUCAAAAACUAAGCAAUCCUAGCUCAUGAACGAACAAAACAUUUGGACUGCCUGUUCAUUGGGAUGCCUUACCGGGAUUCUGUGUUGUAUUACUUUAUGUCUCUGAAUUCUCUUGCCUCCUUAUCCACACAGCUUUAUUGUUGGUCACAAGUCUGAAGAUGACCAUAGGUGCUUCCUAGUGUUUAUUUUUCAGAACAAUUGUGGUUGAGGUGUGACUGGGCACUGUGAAUCUUUCUGUGGCAGCCUACACAACUAUGUUUAUGUAAUGUGCAAGCUUGAACUCUGCAGCGAAAUGGCUGCUUUGUGGUGAAGGAAAUGUUGUUUGAUGGUCAUAAACUAGACUGAUAGACAAGACUUUAUUGCUGUGCUUUUGGGACCAAGUCUUCUGAAAAAAGUGCAACAUGACCUCCAUAUAGUCACUUUCUCUUAGUUGACUGUGGCUGUCUGUGACUGGUCAGAAUUUCUUGUCAGUUAGAAAUACAGGAGCCUGUAUGAAUGUUUCAUGUCAGGCAUUAAGAAGCAGAACAGAGUGCAACCUUGAGCUGCACUUUCUCUCUUCUGGAAAAGUUCAUGGGUCAAAGUACUUUUAACAGGUUUACCAAUGUAAAUAUUUAUCCUGUAUUUUUUCAAUUUUCUCAAACUGUGCAAAUUCAUCUCAAAUUGAGAACAGCUCUAAUAUUUUGAAAGUGUGUCAACCAGUUGAGAAGAUAAUUAUUUUUAAGUUCAUUUUGGAAUUACGCAUGUAAAUACAGAUUUCUAAAUGCUGAAUAAAUAUUUUUAAAUGCA